AUGGAAGACGCAUCUGCACGAAUAGCGGACAAUAUCCAGGCUGCGUCUAUAUACGGUUCCCAAAGUCAUGUUUUCCCGCCGACAUCUGAACACCAUCUCGAUGGCCUUGACGACAUCGACUCGGACGCUGCGAGCAUUUCGACAGGCAUCGUGGAUCCAGACAGAGUAAUUAAACAGGAGAGGCCAAGACGGGCACCGCUACCUCCAAUACCAGACCUGCGAUUCCAUCAGAGCUAUCUUGCCAGUAUCCGGACAGCUACUAGCUGGCAGCACGUUGCUUGGAUUACCCUAAGAGACCAGAUGAUACUACCUCUUAUACAAGGUACAUUAUGGACGCUUGCGCUCUCCGGAUGGCGACACUGGACCCGUGGAGCCCGAGCUAGCGGAAGGGCAACAGGCCUGACUCUACGCCAAUUAUGGUUCAAAUUGACAAACUGGAAGGUGUCGGAGUUGUGA